AUGGAUAUUGACUCGAGACCGUUUGAAUCGGUGAACGUGGGACUGACGAAUGUAGAAGCAGGGAAAGACAGGUUCACAAGCCAUGGGAUGUUCCAUCCUCCUCCCAUAGCCUAUUGGAGAAACAAUCUGACCGCUCUGUCCCAACGUUACAAUCUAUACUUUGUCGCAACGCGGAAUUCCAUCGUGGUCUACAAGCCCGAAUUUCCUUUCCAGGAACUUCGGCGAAUGCCAUGCCUUGUCAUACUGCCGACUCUUGCGAACCCGGAAGCUCAAGGCUAUAUUGACCCGCAUUCGCCUCAUGAUAUCGAUCAUCUAAUGGUGGGAGAUUUGGGAACGGAGGAAAUCCUCCUGCUGGCAACAGAUUCCGGCAAUGUCACGGCUUAUUACACCAAGUCGCUCGAGGCCGCCAUAAACAGAGCACCGCCCCUGCGGCCGCAUCCACGAAGCGACCAUUUAGGAGUCAGGGCAUUCUUUGCACAGUGGGUCUGUGAGUCCGCCUGGGGGCUCAGUAUCCAUACCCACGCGCGCAUGAUUGCAGUAUCGGCAAACACUUCUUAUCACGUCCAGAGCGGUGAUCCUUGCUCCAAGGUCACCGUCUUCGCAUUCGCGUUGACGCAAGAAGGGCAAACGGACGGGGAUGACGACGAUGACGAUGCGAUGGACGCAGGUUUCGAGGCCGGCGAACACUCCAGACAGCCCGAUUGGCAUGAGUGGGAAGGAAAUGGUUCAGACGACUUCCUCCCUCCACGAGAUAGGAACUACAAGAUCACGUUAGGCGGCAUUGAUGGACACGAUUACAAUAUUCCGAGCAUCUCCUUUGUGAAUACGGGCCAGGAUCUAGAAGGCAAGUGGUUGUUGAGCACCGACAUCGGAGGCAUGAUGAAGAUGUGGCAGAUCUGGCAGGGCAGGUGCAUCAAGACGUGGGACCUGGCUGAGAGGAGAACUCGUUCAGCCUUCUUCAGAAGACCUGAAGGCGGCUGGCUUGUUGCUGCCCUGGAUCCUCGUGCUUUCCGGCUAGCAGAGACGAUGGACGAAUUCUGCGGACAUUCCAGAGCUCCCCAGUAUCAUGGACACGUUGGUGAGAGCUACGAUAUCACUCACAUAGUCCGAGUCCGCACGCCGGGGCAUAGCGCCACUUUUCCGCGGCUGGACGGGCAUCCGGAAGAAGAGAGCGCCGAUGAAGAGAACCUGGAGCCUUUGAUCUCCUGGUCGGACAUGGACCGCAGCGAUGUCGAGGAUGACGAAACCACGCUGAACGAGUUCUCCACCUUGGUUGGCCACCGCGAUCCGACUGAGAGCUUUUCAGACACGUCCAUCGAUAAUUCCGAGAGCGACGCAGCUAAUGGGCCAACAGUGGCGGGGGAGGUUCCAACCGCAAGCCUGGAAGAAGGAUCUGAUCGUGACAUGAGUUCUCCUACUACCGGUGAAGCAGAGUCAUCCUCGACCGAUAUUGUGCAGCCUCAGGACUUCCCUUCCGAUUUGGAUGCUUCUGAGGGCGCCGAGAGUUCAAGUCACUCACACUCGGAGGCAGCAGGACAGAGUGAACCGGCUGGUCAAUCCAGCUCUUUGCGUCCAUCCAAUGUCACCAGCCGGCAUAGCCGCUAUACCGAUGAUGAUGCCUCAGGUGUAGAUGUGGAUUCGUCACUGCAAGGGCAAGCUUCUUGGACGGCACAACUCAAGCGCAAUUCCAAGGCCAAUGCUUGGGAUGUUCGCAAGGUCCGCGCCGACACCACUCCCCCGCCCAUACCUGUGCUGCACUGUAGCGCCUCGAAUCUCAGGCUUAUAAUUGCACCGGAAGCAGACAGUGCCCACCUAUUCUGUGCCAAUAUUCUCAAACAGGUUCUGCCACAAGAGAUUGAACAGACGAGGCAUGCGCACCUUGACAGGCUGAACAUGAUGCAGGCGAUCCCGGAGUUGGGGGUUGUCAUCAUAGCUUCACAGCUUGGACGAUGUGCUGUUUGCAGCCUUACCAAGAACCAAAAGUCUGGGACGCUAGGGUUGCGGGUCGAUUGGACUCUGCCCACGCAGAAGCAAGAGGCACGAAGGCUUCGACCUUUCCUGCCGCUCCUGGGUAUGGCGACUUCACCCAUCCAAGGCCAUUUGAAGAGCGAAGAUGACACAGCCGGCUACCCGGAUGAUUCUCCGGUCGAAUGGGGCUCAGACGGUGCUGUAGAUGGCGUGCCAACGACGUUUGAUCCUACAGUCAUUGUCGUCCGCGAAUGCGAAAUCCCAGAAAGCGAUCAGCAUCAUCAAAGGGCCGAUCGCGAGACCGACCACGACAGUGAUCAUCAAUUGAAAAGAAAGAGGCCGUCAUAUGACUCCGACACCGAGUCAGGCUCCAAGGUGAGCAUAGAAACCAGCAGAUGGGACACCCCUUCGAGCAGAGAAUCAUGGCAAACAACGGAGAGCAGCCGCAGGUACAGACUGAUGCUUACUUAUAUGGAUAUGACUGUCUUGACUUAUGAGAUCUCACGAGGGGUAGAAAGGCAUGAUAUUGAUCAGGAAGAGACGUCGACAUUGGACAUGGUAGAUUGA